UUAUUGGACAAAUAGCUUUCGAUUGAAUCUUGUCGAGUGUAGAACGUGGUUUUAGGAGCACCACCUCAGACAUAUUCGAGAAUUUGAGAUUCGUUAAGGGCUGAGGCAUCCUGAAAUAGCCCGAAGCUCUAGAGAGAAAAAUCGGGUAUUGCGAUGCGCGUCUUGCACGAGCAGUUACGUGAAGUUUCCAACUGGUCAUGGGUAAGUUUUCAGGACAAUAGAAAGAUGCCUUUCGAGAGUGAAAGGCAUACACUGUAUAUGUAUAUACACGAUACACACACACAGUGUAUAAAAGAUAAGUCUGUGCAAGCACUUGCUCAAAGCACAAAGGCGUUUAGCAAACUCAAGGUCUCUUCCAGCCCCAUGACUUCGCCGCUGCUGCUGGUGGGGUGGGCGCUGGCGGCUCUCCCAGCGCCGGCGGCCUCGCAGUGCCUCUCCCGAAACGACCACAAGUUCCUGACGAAGGACCCGGAUCUCUUCCCACUCGCGCCCUUCAGCCUCGGCAUCUUCAGGGAACUCGCGCCUCCCGAAGGGAAUUUCGUCCUAUCGCCCUUCAGCGUCUGGAGCGCCCUCGUCGUGGCCUACUUCGGGUCCGGCGGCAGCACGGAGAUGCAGUUGCGAAGGACGCUCCUGCUGAACGGAAAAGAAAAUGCUUUGGCGCUGUACAAAUGCGUCGUCGAGAUUUACGCUUCACAGGCGACGAAGCCCAACAACACGUUCAGCGCCGCCAGCCGGAUCUACGUGCAGGAAGGGUCGCCUCUGAAAGCCUGUGUCCGCGGCGCUCUCAAGGAGGAACUCGACGCUAUCGACUUCCAACAGCCCGACCUUGCAGCCGCGACGAUCAACGCGUUCGUGAGCCGCGCGAGCCGGGGCAAGAUCCCUCAAGCAGUGACCUCGCCCGACCUCGGCGGCGCCCGUGCGGUGCUCGUCAACGCCGCCCACUUCGAGGGCGUGUGGGAAGAGCCGUUCCUUCCGGAGAACACCCGCACUGAGAUUUUCUUCGCCUCCCGAGGGCGGCAGCUGCAGGUGGACAUGAUGACGCAGAGGAAUUUAUUCAAGCUAGGGUCUUCACAAGACCUGGGCGCUCGAGUGCUAGAAAUGGCGUAUAGAGGUGGAACAGCGUCCAUGUUCGUGUUCCUGCCCCUCGGCCAACAGGAUCUGAACCAGAUGCUCCUUCGCCUCAAUCCCACCACGUUCCUUGCCGCCAUGACGUCCACGAGAGCACAGGAAGUCGAUCUCAGUUUCCCCAAGUUCAGGGUCGAGACUGUCAUGCAACGGGAUCUCUUAACGGCUCUCGCACGAAUGGGGAUCAACGACCUGUUUACGGAGACCAGUGACCUGACGACCUUCUUCGCCGGGGGAGGUCGCCACCGGCUGGACUGGGCUCUCCACACGGCAGCGCUGGAGGUGGACGAGCGAGGGGCCUCGUCGGCGGCGAUCGCAGGGGCCUCUAGUGCCCCGGUCUCGACGCAAGAGCCUGUGCCCUUCCGCUGCGACAGGCCCUUCGUCUUCCUUGUUUACGACAAAGUAAAUCGCAACAUUCUCUUUGCUGGGGUCUUCAGACUGCCGUGAGUCCCAGCCGAGGGAGGGGGCUGUUGGGCGUGAUGGAGGCGGCAAAUAAAUAUAUCUGGAUCUACCUGUCUGUCAGCCUACCUGGCUCUCUCGAUCUAUAGCUAUAUCUAUGUCUAUCUAUCUAUCUUUUUUAUACUUUUAUUCCUACCCCCUUUCUCUCUCUCCACACAUGUAC